GAGGGACAGGAGGGGGAAGAGAGGAGGAAGGAGGAAGGAGCUCAGGAGGGAUGAGAGAGGCGGCCAGGGCCCCGGGCCGAAGCAGCACCGGGCCGGGGGACCAGGGGGGCUGAAGCACCCCGAUUGUUCCCUCCCCCUUUCCCUACCUCUUUCCAUCCUUUCCUUCCACCCUCCUGCUUGAAGAAGGGAAUUUAUUCAAAUUUUAUUUAAAUCCCUGUCUCUGGAGGGUCGCGCGCUGGGGGGGAGGGGGAGAGGGCAGGGGCGUACGCAGGCUGGGGGGGCGGGGCCGAAGCAGCUUCCUUCACCCCCCUCGGUUUGCCAGAUAGUAGUAGGGCAAGGGGCCUCAGUCCAGGGGCGGGUCCAGGGGAGGGGGGCAGGUUACAGGGACCCCCCCCUCCCCGGGAACCGGCGGUGGGCGGGGCUUGAACCCCGGAAACGGUGGGGGCCCCAGGCCUGGACCUGGACCCCUGGGCAGUGGGGGCUGGAAAGGGGCCAGUUAAAGGGUCCUGGGCGCUGGGGAGAGGUAGGGCGGGGUUGGGGGAGGGGAGCUGGGACUGGGACCCGGGACUGAGAGGGGCCCGGGCAGAAGCUGAGCACCCUGCGUCCGAGGAGCCCCCGUUGGCCUGGGGGGGCUGAGGGACUGAGCCCCCCAGAGCAGGACCUCCCCCUGGAAGGGCCGCGCCGCAGCCCGUGGGAGGGCCUCGCCCCCGGCGCCCCCCAUCUCCACUCGCUGCCGUCCCGGCCUCCACCGGAGGGAGGGGCCGAGCGCCCUCGGGGGGCCGUGGACCCCGGCGUUCUGAGCGUUCCGCGCCCCGCGCCGCCCGGCCCCCCCGCCGCCGAUGGCCGCCGACCCGCCGGGAGCUGCCGAGAAGGGAGAGAUGGCUCCCGGGACACGUGUGAGCCCUCGGCGUUGCUGACGCCCCCAAUGUCGUCGAGCAGCCGGGGGCCGGGGGCCGGAGCGCGCCGACGCCGAACCCGCUGCCGCCGCUGCCGGGCCUGUGUGCGAACUGAGUGCGGGGACUGCCACUUCUGCCGAGACAUGAAGAAGUUCGGGGGGCCUGGGCGCAUGAAGCAGUCGUGCCUGCUCCGGCAGUGCACUGCCCCCGUGCUCCCACACACAGCUGUGUGCCUCUUGUGUGGGGAGGCUGGGAAGGAGGACACAGUGGAGGGAGAGGAAGAGAAAUUUGGUUUGAGCCUCAUGGAGUGUACAAUCUGCAAUGAGAUCGUCCACCCUGGCUGCCUGAAGAUGGGGAAGGCUGAGGGUGUCAUCAAUGCAGAAAUUCCUAACUGCUGGGAGUGCCCUCGCUGUACCCAGGAAGGCCGGACUAGCAAGGAUUCAGGUGAGGGACCAGGCCGUCGCAGGGCCGACAAUGGCGAGGAGGGCGCCAGCCUGGGGAGUGGAUGGAAGCUGACAGAGGAGCCCCCGCUUCCACCACCCCCACCCAGGCGCAAGGGUCCCCUGCCUGCUGGGACCCCCCCAGAGGAUGUGCCUGGGCCCCCCAAAAGAAAGGAGAGGGAGGCAGGGAAUGAGCCCCCCACCCCAAGGAAAAAGGUGAAAGGAGGCCGUGAGAGGCACCUGAAGAAGGUGGGUGGAGACGCCUGCCUCCUCCGAGGAUCGGACCCAGGCGGCCCAGGCCUUCUGCCCCCCAGGGUUCUGAAUCCAAGCCAGGCUUUCUCAUCCUGCCACCCUGGGCUCCCUCCCGAGAACUGGGAGAAACCAAAACCACCUUUGGCCUCUGCUGAGGGCCCAGCAGCGCCAUCCCCAUCACCACAGAGGGAGAAGCUAGAGCGUUUCAAGCGGAUGUGCCAGCUGCUAGAGCGGGUGCCUGACACCUCCUCAUCCUCCUCGGACUCAGACUCAGACUCCGACUCAUCAGGCACAUCGCUGAGUGAGGAUGAGGCCCCUGGUGAGGCCCGGAAUGGGCGACGGCCAGCCCGGGGCAGCUCCGGCGAGAAGGAGAACCGUGGGGGACGACGGGCUGUACGCCCUGGCAGUGGGGGGCCCCUCCUCAGUUGGCCAUUGGGCCCUGCCCCACCGCCUCGGCCCCCACAGCUGGAACGGCAUGUAGUACGGCCCCCACCUCGAAGUCCUGAGCCCGACACACUGCCUUUGGCUGCUGGAUCCGACCACCCUCUGCCUCGUGCUGCCUGGCUUCGUGUCUUCCAGCACCUUGGGCCCCGAGAGCUAUGCAUUUGCAUGCGAGUCUGCCGGACUUGGAGCCGCUGGUGCUAUGACAAGCGUCUGUGGCCUCGAAUGGAUCUGAGCCGGCGGAAGUCACUGACUCCACCGAUGCUUAGUGGUGUGGUUCGUCGCCAGCCCAGAGCCCUGGACCUCAGCUGGACAGGUGUCUCCAAGAAGCAGCUCAUGUGGCUUCUGAACCGACUGCAAGGCCUGCAGGAACUGGUGCUGUCUGGCUGUUCCUGGCUCUCUGUCUCUGCCCUGGGCUCAGCCCCACUGCCAGCCCUGCGGCUCCUGGACCUGCGCUGGAUCGAGGAUGUUAAAGACUCCCAGCUCCGUGAGCUGCUGCUGCCUCCGCCUGACACCAAACCAGGGCAAACAGAGAGCCGGGGGCGGCUGCAGGGGGUAGCAGAGCUCCGCUUGGCAGGCCUGGAGCUGACAGAUGCGUCCCUGCGGCUCCUGCUGCGCCACGCACCCCAGCUGAGUGCCCUGGACCUGAGCCACUGCGCCCAUGUCGGGGACCCCAGCGUCCAUCUCCUCACAGCCCCCACCUCCCCACUCCGAGAGACCCUGGUACACCUCAAUCUUGCUGGUUGCCACCGCCUCACUGACCAUUGCCUUCCGCUGUUCCGCCGCUGCCCUCGUCUACGCCGUCUAGACCUGCGCUCCUGCCGCCAGCUCUCACCAGAAGCUUGUGCCCGGCUGGCAGCUGCUGGGCCCCCUGGCCCCUUCCGCUGCCCAGAAGAAAAACUGCUUCUCAAGGACAGCUAGUUGGGUGCCCCCCACUCUCCCCCAGGACUCAUCAGGAGCCUGGACCCCGGGCCUUCAUUUCACUCCUGCCAGGAGGCCAGGUUACCCACCUCAUAACUUGGGAUUCCUGAGCUUUCUGACAUGGGAUUCCUGCCCAGGGACUUGAGCCAGCCUCCCCACUCUUUACCCCCUGCACUGAUAUUUCUGGGGGUCUCUCCCUCCUAUCUCCUCCCCUUUCCACCUGCUUCAUUGUCCAUCCCCUGGGGGGAGAGAAUCAGAGGUACUGGGGGUUGCUGAGCCAAAGGGAUGGUGGGAGGGGGGGUAAGGUGCAAGUUUGAGGGAGGGAGAAUGGGGGAAAUGUAUCUACACACAAGAUACUGGGAGCCAGGGGCUGGGGGAGGUGGAGGAUGGGCUGGGGUGGGGGGACACAGAAAGCAGACCACCAAGGGUGCAGGGAACAGACCAGAUACUUGGACGUGGGGGGAGGGGCAAAAAGGGAAACCAGAGGAGCAAUUAGAUGUUGGGGGAGGGGGGACUGGGGCAACCAGGGAAAGCCAGGACUAAGAGGAGUCCAGGGGUUGGGGCAAGAGCAGGUGUGGGGGCAGUAAGUACUCCCUCAGGGGGUCACUCCUCCCCUUACUCCCUCCCCAGUUUCAGUUCUUCCCCCAACCCUGACUCUUUGAAAGUCCACUGACAAUGGCAGCUAUUGCGAGGAGUGGGGGCCAGCUGGCCUACCUGCUGUUCAACGUGGCCCAGGGGAGUGGUGAGGGGUACCCCAGCCCCCUACCUGCCUU